CCAACAUGUACCUUGACCCGACCCUACGAUUAUCUCCCUUACCUGGAUUCGCAAAAGGGACUUACCAUGGCCAACGAUGUGUAUCGGCAGCAUGGCCUUUAUACUCCGCACAGUCUGUCCGACCUGACGGCUGGCAUGGCGCUUACUAUGGAGGCGUCACGCGGGGAGACGUUCCCAAUCUUGUCGGACCCAGGAAGCGCCAUCUACCAACCCGAUCAGCUUCGAGGGCUUCUGUGCCUAGAGCAGUCGCCCAAGUCGGUGCGCACAACCACGGCCCCGAGGACCGCCUCGAAGAACAAGGAAGAGGAAGAGAAGCCGGAGGCGCAAGCCAUUGAGGUGUUUGAGCUCACCGCUGCGGAUUACUCGCUCCUGCUAGAGAGAGCAAUCGUCGAGGAUGGUCCCAUCGUGGUCCUACAUGGUGAGCAGCUGCCAUCCAGGAGGGUUCGCACCCUCAUACCGGCUGCUUACCCUCCGCGCUCCCUGAAUCAUGCCCAAACAUGCGAUGCUACGGAAUGUCGUCUUUCCUCGAGCGAGGCGGCAUCAGCGUCGGCCUCGACACCUCGACCAACUAAGUCACUAUCCCUGUCCCAAUCCCAAUCCCAAUCCCGAUCGCAGUCGCAGGCGAUGGCGUUGGUGCUAAGGACCCCUGAGCUCCUUGAAGCCAUUCUACUUCAUCUCGACCUCAAGUCUCGCAUCACCUCUGCUCCACGAGUUUGCAGCUUCUGGUUGGAGACCCUAAAUCACUCGCCUAUGCUCCGAAAAGCGUCCUUCUUCCAGGCUGACCGAAGCCUUCACACGAAGCCUGGUGAACGACCCUGUAUCAACCCUCUACUUCGAGAGGCCUUUGGCGACCAAUAUUUUAACCUGAGUGAUUGCCAGGUGGAUAAGUACCCUUUCCGGCGUGCCGAAUACUUCUGGAAGCUACCCUGGUCGCCACAAGCCUUGCCUCACCUCAAAGCACGUACCGGCAGCGUGCUCAACGUCGACCCAACCUGUCGUCAGCGGAGCUUUACCAGGGCUGGUGCGAGUUGGAGACGCAUGCUCGUCUCGCAGCCCCCGCCGCCUUUCCUCGGAUUCACCUGGCUGGAUAGUUUCGCCAUCACCGCGGCGAGCCACCGCUGUCUCGUCGACUCCGUCACGCCCCCGCAAAACGAUGCUGGUGGUUUCGAUACGGGCGUCACAAUGGGACAUCUUUAUGAUACGAUACAGUCAUUAACCAUGCAGCAGCAGAAACCCGGUUUGUUCUUUCGCGUCCGGUGGGAUCUGACCUGUGAGAGACCAAGCAGCGAGAGCGCCAGUGCCGGAGCGGAUGAAAGCGCCCGCGAAAGCACAAACCUAGUUGCCGAGUUCUGGGACGACGCGUACUUCAACUCCAGCCACUACGGACCCUUUUCCAUGGGCGCGACUCGGAGCGUUUUCAGGUGUGAGGAAGCUGUCAAGCCCGUUUUCGGUGGACAGGCGUGGAUCCAAGGCCUCGACGACGACGCCCAACACCGAGUGCCGGCCAAUGACGAGUUUGAGCUCUGGGAGCCGCUCGUGUGGAAUCCAUAAAAGGCCAGCAGCGUUUGUGCUUAGAAUACUAGUUCGUCUCGCAAUUAGAGGGUUCCCUCAGCAGCUUGCACGUUUUAAAAAAGUAUAAAUUCUAACUAGCGCGUAGAACGCAACCAAACAUCAGUGACAACUCGGGCAACAUGGACGCUGCACGGGUGCAUUCUCGCGACUGUAAGAAUGCAUAAGUACUUGUAUUUGCAUGAUAUACCGAAAGUAAGUGCUCACGUGUAACGUUGGCGUUUCCUCGGCCUUUCCUACCUGAAUGAGUUGUCAGCUCAAAUCGCUUAAAUCCUGAGGUACAAAACCAACUGGCAUUAUCUUCAGCCCAAGGCUACAGCGGCCACUAACUCGAGCUUGGGGAUACCCGGCGAGCGAGCUAUACUACGCGGAGGAAAUCGGUCCGGCCACGUACGAGCGUCCCCAAACUAAUGAGCAGGAGACUCUACGCGCCGCGCGCUUCGGAAUUCUUCCCUUCGGCAAUGUAGGCCCCAUGAGCAUCGUCCAAUGACUCUAGAGGGCUGUAUUCAUGUUUUACUACGGCCGGGUCGAUUGUGGCCAAAUGAGCGAGAGGAAUCCCGACCCUGGUACUGACGGUGUUCGACGACUUGAAAUCUUCCCUGUUGGUCCCUGCCUUCAUGGUUCCUGAUC